CGCUGAAUGGGUAUGCGACAGUGGCAGGCACCGGCGAGCUUGUGUGUCUCGAGUGCAUCCAGGCGUGCGAGCGCGUUGCCGAUGCUGUGCUGCACGGCGACUUCAAUGCCCGGGUUAGGUGCACGCGCUGCCACAGCAUUGACGGUGCUGGCGAGAAGGAGUGGCCACUGACCAAGCCCACAGGCGCUGCUGGUCACGUAUCGGCCCCCUCCAGCCAGCUGACAGGAACUCCGAUGAUUAGCCACCCAGUUACGCAUACCCAGAAGCUGGCGAACCGUGUCAACCGCAUGGCCUCGCUGCUGUCCUUUGUCACCCAUGAAAUCGUCGGCGUGGCACGCAACGACGGCAUUCGUGGCAUUCUCGGCACCCAGGGCAACAUUGAUGGACUGAACGGGACUUUGGCUUGAGCUUAUGAACGAGGUCAACACGAUGACACGGAUCCACACGGAGCAGGUGCGCAACAUUGCGCACGUCUGCAACUCUGUGGCCAACGGUGACUUGUCCGAGAAGGUCUCGAUUGACGUCAACGGUGAAAUGGCUGAACUCAAGGACACGAUCAACAGCAUGGUGGACCAGCUCAGUGCCUUCUCGUUUGAGGUCACCCGCGUCUCGCAUGCCGUCGGCACCGAAGGCACGCUGGGCGUCACUGCCGAGGUCCCCGACGUCAACGGUGUCUGGAAGCUGCUUACGGAUAAUGUCAACAGCAUGGCCAGCAAUCUGACCAACCAGGUGCGCGAUAUCUCGAAUGUCUGCAAGGCCGUGGCGGCCGGUGACCUGACGCGCACGGUGCAGGUCGAGGCACGCGGCGAAAUGCUUGAGCUCAAGGAUACAAUCAACACGAUGGUUACCAGACUCGACCAUAUGGCGGUGGAGCUGACCCGCGUGGCUGUCCAGGCAAACUGGUUUGAGCUCGACGGCACCUGGAAGGAUCUAACGGACAACGUUAACCGUAUGGCGGAUAACCUGACACAGCAGGUACGCGAUAUUACGAGAGUCACCCAGGCUGUGGCCCGCGGUGACCUGACACGCAAGGUCGAGGUGCCGCUUAACGGUGAAAUGGCAGAGUUGAAGACGACUAUUAACGAAAUGGUGGACAGGCUCAACACUUUUGCAUUUGAGGUCUCGCGUGUGGCCAAGGAGGUCGGUACUGAUGGGCAGCUCGGUGGCCAGGCAAAUGUCCCUGAUGUCGAUGGCACCUGGAAGGUUCUGACUGACAACGUGAACACAAUGGCGGACAACCUGACCAACCAAGUUCGCGAUAUUGCGAAUGUGACCAAGGCCAUUUCAGCUGGCGAUCUGACGCGCAAGGUGCAGGUGCCGCUGAACGGCGAGAUGGAUGAGCUCAAGAUCACUAUCAACACCAUGGUGGACCAGCUCAACACUUUUGCGUUUGAGGUCUCGCGCGUGGCCAAGGAGGUCGGUACCGACGGUAAGCUUGGCGGGCAAGCCAAUGUUGAGGGUGUUGGCGGCACUUGGAAGGACCUGACUGACAAUGUCAACAAGAUGGCGGACAAUCUGACCAACCAGGUCCGAGACAUUGCUGACGUUACCAAGGCUGUUGCCGCCGGCGAGCUAUCGCGCAAGGUCAUGGUUCCACUGAAUGGCGAGAUGGGUGAGCUCAAGGACACAAUCAACCAGAUGGUGGACCAGCUCAGCCACUUUGCCGACGAGGUCACCACGGUCGCCAUCGAGGUCGGUCUGGAGGGCCGUUUGGGUGCACAGGCGCGUGUCGUCGGCGUGCAAGGCGUGUGGAUGGACCUGACGCACAAUGUCAACAAGAUGGCGUAUAAUAUCACAAGGCAAGUGCGCAACAUUGCUGAGGUCACCCGGGCCGUUGCCAAGGGCGAUCUGGGCAAGCAGGUCGACAUCCCGUGCAAGGGUGAGAUGGAGUUUUUGAAAACUACUAUCAACGACAUGGUUGCCCGACUAAAGACGUUCUCCAGCGAGGUCUCGCGUGUCGCCAAGGAGGUUGGAACUGACGGCAAGCUGGGCGCCCAGGCAUCAGUGCCUGAUGUGGAGGGCACAUGGAAGUACUUGACGGAAAACGUUCGGGACAUUGCGACGGUGACCAAGGCCAUUUCAGCUGGCGAUCUGACGCGCAAGGUGCAGGUGCCGCUGAACGGCGAGAUGGAUGAGCUCAAGAUCACUAUCAACACCAUGGUGGAUCAGCUCAAUACCUUUGCCAAAGAGGUCUCGCGUGUCGCCAAGGAGGGUGUUGACGGCACCUGGAAGGUUCUGACGGACAACGUCAACAACAUGGCCACCAACUUGACCAACCAGGUUCGAGACAUUGCCACAGUUACGAAGGCAAUCUCAGCCGGAGAUUUGACGCGCAAGGUUGAAAUUCCGCUGAACGGCGAGAUGGGUGAAUUGAAGGACACUAUCAACACCAUGGUUGGGCAGCUGAAGACGUUCGCGUCAGAGGUAUCUCGUGUUGCCAAGGAGGUCGGCACGGAUGGCAAACUCGGCGGCCAGGCAUAUGUGCCCAAUGUCGACGGCACUUGGAAGGACCUGACCGACAAUGUGAACAAGAUGGCUGACAACCUGACGAUUCAGUCGCAGCAGGGCGAAAUGUCCAAGCGCAUCACAGUGACUUUGAAUGGUGAGAUGGGGGAGCUCAAGACCACUAUCAACGCCAUGGUCAACCAGGUCAGCCAGUUUGCCGCGGAGCUUGCCAAGGGCCAAUUGGGAGCACACGCCGACAUGAGCGGGGUUGAUGGUGUCUGGAAAACGCUCACAGACAAUGUCAACAACAUGGCCGACAAUAUUACCAAUCAGGUGCGCAACAUCGCCGAGGUCACCAAGGCCGUCGCUGAGGGCGAUCUGUCCAAGGAGGUCACUGUCCCGCUAAAGGGUGAGAUGGGCGACCUGAAGACCACUAUCAACGACAUGGUUGCUCGGCUGAAAACGUUCUCCAGCGAGGUGUCGCGUGUUGCCAAAGAGGUCGGGACUGACGGCAAGCUGGGCGCACAGGCGACAGUGCCUGAUGUCGAGGGUACAUGGAAGGACUUGACCGACAAUGUCAACAACAUGGCGACUAAUCUGACGAACCAGGUACGCGACAUUGCGACGGUGACAAAAGCGAUCUCGGCCGGCGAUUUGACGCGCAAGGUUGAGGUGCCGCUGAACGGUGAGAUGGGUGAGCUCAAGAUCACUAUCAACACCAUGGUCGAUCAGCUCAACACAUUCGCAGACGAAGUAUCCCGUGUGGCCAAGGAGGUCGGAACCGAUGGCAAGCUUGGCGGUCAAGCUAACGUCGAAGGUGUUGAUGGUACGUGGAAGGUUUUGACUGACAACGUCAACAACAUGGCCACCAAUCUGACGAACCAGGUCCGAGACAUCGCCAAUGUCACCAAGGCAAUCUCAGCCGGCAACCUUAAUCUCAAGGUCGAGGUACCGCUGAACGGCGAGAUGGGCGACCUGAAGGGCACCAUCAACACCAUGGUGGACCAGCUCAACACGUUCGCCGCCGAAGUGUCGCGUGUGGCCAAGGAGGUCGGAACUGAUGGUCAGCUAGGUGGACAAGCCAACGUCCCAAAUGUCGAUGGGACCUGGAAGGACCUUACUGACAACGUGAACACCAUGGCCGAUAACCUGACUAACCAGGUGCGGACAAUCAGCAACGUCACUAAGGCUGUUGCGCUUGGCGAUCUGACACAGAAGAUCAAGGUCGAUGCGCUCGGAGAGAUGGGCGACCUGAAGACCACAAUCAACGACAUGGUGGACCGAUUGAACACGUUUGCAGAUGAGGUGUCGCGUGUGGCCAAGGAGGUCGGCACAGACGGCAAGCUUGGCGGUCAAGCCAAUGUUGAGGGUGUUGAUGGAACUUGGAAGUCGCUGACUAACAACGUCAACCGGAUGGGUGACAACUUGACCAACCAGGUCCGAGACAUCGCUAAUGUCACCAAAGCUAUCUCUGCUGGUGACCUGACGCGCAAGGUCCAGGUGCCGCUGAACGGUGAGAUGGGUGAGCUCAAGUCGACCAUCAACACCAUGGUGGACCAGCUGAGCACGUUCGCUGCUGAGGUGUCGCGUGUGGCCAAGGAGGUCGGAACUGAUGGGCAGCUUGGUGGCCAGGCAAACGUCGAGGGCGUUGAUGGGACCUGGAAGGUGCGCGACAUUGCCAAUGUCACCAAGGCGAUUUCAGCAGGCGACCUGACGCGCAAGGUCGAGGUGCCGCUGAAUGGCGAGAUGGGUGAGCUCAAGCAGACCAUCAACACGAUGGUGGACCAGCUCAACACAUUCGCCUUCGAGGUGUCGCGUGUUGCCAAGGAGGUCGGAACCGAUGGUCAGCUAGGUGGACAAGCCAACGUCCCGAAUGUCGAUGGUACCUGGAAGGACCUUACUGACAACGUGAACACCAUGGCCGACAACCUGACCAACCAGGUCCGAGACAUUGCAAUGGUCACUACGGCCAUUUCAGCAGGCAACUUGAACCUCAAGGUCGAGGUGCCGCUAAAUGGCGAGAUGGGUGAGCUCAAGUCGACCAUCAACACCAUGGUGGACCAGCUGAGCACGUUCGCUGCUGAGGUGUCGCGUGUGGCCAAGGAGGUCGGAACCGAUGGUCAGCUCGGCGGACAGGCCAAUGUCGAAGGUGUUGAUGGGACCUGGAAGUCGCUCACUGACAAUGUCAACAAGAUGGCCGACAACUUGACUAACCAGGUGCGCGACAUUGCCAAUGUCGAGGUGCCGCUGAAUGGCGAGAUGGGUGAGCUCAAGCAGACCAUCAACACGAUGGUGGACCAGCUCAACACAUUCGCCUUCGAGGUGUCGCGUGUUGCCAAGGAGGUUGGUACCGAUGGACAGCUAGGCGGCCAAGCCAACGUCCCGAAUGUCGAUGGCACUUGGAAGGACCUUACUGACAACGUGAACACCAUGGCCGACAACCUGACCAACCAAGUACGCUCGAUUAGCAAGGUUACCACCGCGAUUGCCGAGGGUGACUUGAGCAAAAAGAUCGACAUUGUUGUCAACGGCGAAAUGGGCGAGCUCACAAAUACUAUCAACGAGAUGGUCGACAAGCUCCGCGGGAUUGUAUCGGAGCUGUCGAGUGUUGCACUCCAGGUCGGCACCGACGGCCAACUUGGUGGUCAGGCUCACUUGAAGAACAUUAGCGGCAACUGGAAGGACUUGACCGAUAACGUCAACAAGAUGGCAUACAACCUGACUAAUCAAGUCAGAGACAUCGCAACGGUCACUAAGGCUAUCUCUGCUGGUGACCUGACGCGCAAGGUCCAGGUGCCGCUGAAUGGUGAGAUGGGUGAGCUCAAGUCGACCAUCAACACCAUGGUGGACCAGCUGAGCACGUUCGCUGCUGAGGUGUCGCGUGUGGCCAAGGAGGUCGGAACCGAUGGUCAGCUCGGCGGACAGGCCAAUGUCGAAGGUGUUGAUGGGACCUGGAAGUCGCUCACUGACAAUGUCAACAAGAUGGCCGACAACUUGACUAACCAGGUGCGCGACAUUGCCAAUGUCACCAAGGCGAUUUCAGCGGGUAACCUGAACAUGAAGGUCGAGGUGCCACUCAAUGGCGAGAUGGGCGACCUGAAGGGCACGAUCAACACCAUGGUGGACCAGCUCAACACGUUUGCGGAUGAGGUUACACGAGUCGCUAAGGAAGUGGGUACUGAAGGCAAACUUGGCGGCCAAGCCAAUGUCGAUGGCGUUGAUGGCACUUGGAAGGAUCUGACCAACAACGUGAACACCAUGGCCAGCAACCUGACGACCCAGGUCCGAUCCAUCAGCGAAGUCACCAAGGCUGUCGCACACGGCGAUUUGACGCAGAAAAUUGAAGUCGACGUCGAGGGUGAAAUGCUGGACCUUAAGACCACUAUAAACGAGAUGGUUGACCAGCUCAAUAUCUUCGCCGAUGAGGUCUCACGAGUCGCACUAGAGGUCGGCAUCAACGGCAAGCUUGGCGGCCAGGCAUUUGUUCCUAACGUCGACGGCGUGUGGAAGAAGGUCACGGACAACGUCAAUACCAUGGCCAAUAACCUCACGUUCCAGGUUCGGUCUAUCGGAAAUGUGACCACCGCUGUUGCGCGCGGCGAUCUAACCAAGGUCAUUGCCGUGGAUGCGCGUGGCGAGAUGGGCACGUUGAAGACGACAAUGAACGGGAUGGUGUCCCAGCUGCGUAUCUUUGCUGGGGAGGUGUCGCGUGUGGCCAAGGAAGUCGGUACCGAUGGCCAGCUGGGCGGACAAGCCAACGUCCCGAAUGUCGACGGUACCUGGAAGGAGCUCACCGAUAAUGUCAACACCAUGGCUGACAACCUGACUAACCAGGUGCGGACAAUCAGCAACGUCACUAAGGCUGUUGCGCUUGGCGAUCUGACACAGAAGAUCAAGGUCGAUGCGCUCGGAGAGAUGGGCGACCUGAAGACCACAAUCAACGACAUGGUGGACCGAUUGAACACGUUUGCAGAUGAGGUGUCGCGUGUGGCCAAGGAGGUCGGCACAGACGGCAAGCUUGGCGGUCAAGCGAACGUACCAAACGUGGGCGGUACAUGGAAGGGACUGACAGACAAUGUCAACACCAUGGCUAACAAUUUGACAAACCAGGUGCGCGACAUUGCCAAUGUCACCAAAGCUAUCUCUGCUGGUGAUCUGACGCGCAAGGUUGAGAUUCCACUGAACGGCGAGAUGGCGGAGUUGAAAGACACCAUCAACACCAUGGUGGACCAGCUCAGUACGUUUGCUGACGAGGUGUCGCGUGUGGCCAAGGAGGUCGGUACCGAUGGCAAGCUCGGCGGGCAGGCCAAUGUCCCAAAUGUCGACGGCACCUGGAAGGGGCUGACAGAUAAUGUCAACAAGAUGGCGGACAACCUGACGAAUCAGGUCCGAGACAUCGCCAAUGUCACCAAGGCAAUCUCAGCUGGCAACCUUAAUCUCAAGGUCGAGGUGCCGCUGAACGGCGAGAUGGGCGACCUGAAGGGCACGAUCAACACCAUGGUGGACCAGCUCAACACGUUCGCCGCCGAAGUGUCGCGUGUGGCCAAGGAGGUCGGUACCGAUGGCAAACUCGGCGGACAGGCCAACGUCGAGGGCGUUGAUGGGACCUGGAAGUCGCUCACAGACAACGUCAACAAGAUGGCAGACAACCUGACCAACCAGGUGCGCUCUAUCAGCGAGAAGAUCAAUGUCGAUGCGCUUGGAGAGAUGGGCGACCUGAAGACAACUAUCAACGAGAUGGUGGACCAGCUGAAUGUAUUUGCUGAUGAGGUGUCGCGUGUUGCCAAGGAGGUUGGUACUGAUGGGCAGCUUGGUGGCCAGGCAAUCGUUCCCAAUGUUGAUGGUACCUGGAAGGAUCUGACAUUUAAUGUCAACAAGAUGGCAGACAAGUUGACCAACCAGGUCCGCGACAUUGCCAAUGUCGAGGUGCCGCUCAAUGGCGAGAUGGGCGAACUCAAAAACACGAUCAACACCAAUGUAUCCCGAGUUGCCAAGGAGGUCGGAACCGAUGGUCAACUUGGCGGACAGGCCAACGUCCCGAAUGUCGAUGGCACUUGGAAGGACUUGACGGACAACGUCAACAACAUGGCCACCAAUCUGACCAACCAAGUCCGUGAUAUCGCCAAUGUCACCAAGGCAAUCUCAGCCGGCAACCUUAAUCUCAAGGUCGAGGUGCCGCUGAACGGCGAGAUGGGCGACCUGAAGGGCACGAUCAACACCAUGGUGGACCAGCUCAACACGUUCGCCGCCGAAGUGUCGCGUGUGGCCAAGGAGGUCGGAACUGAUGGUCAGCUAGGUGGACAAGCCAACGUCCCAAAUGUCGACGGUACCUGGAAGGAUCUGACAGACAAUGUCAACAAGAUGGCCACCAAUUUGACCAACCAAGUGCGCGACAUUGCAAAUGUCACCAAGGCGAUUUCUGCGGGUGACUUGACACGCAAGGUUCAAGUUCCGCUGAAUGGUGAGAUGGGCGAGCUCAAGCAGACCAUUAAUACCAUGGUGGACCAGCUCAGUACGUUUGCUGACGAGGUCUCGCGUGUUGCCAAAGGAGGUCGGUACCGAUGGCAAGCUCGGCGGCAGGCCAAUGUCCCGAACGUCGAUGGCACUUGGAAGGGAUUGACGGACAACGUCAACAAGAUGGCGGACAACUUGACGAACCAGGUCCGAGACAUUGCCAAUGUGUCGUCGGAUCUUAACGGUGAGAUGGCAGAGUUGAAGACGACCAUUAAUACCAUGGUGGACCAGCUCAGUACGUUUGCUGACGAGGUGUCGCGUGUGGCCAAGGAGGUCGGUACCGAUGGCAAGCUCGGCGGCCAGGCCAACGUCCCGAAUGUCGAUGGCACUUGGAAGGACUUGACGGACAACGUCAACAAGAUGGCGGACAACCUGACGAAUCAGGUCAGAGACAUCGCCAAUGUCACCAAGGCAAUCUCAGCCGGCAACCUUAAUCUCAAGGUCGAGGGCACGAUCAACACCAUGGUGGACCAGCUCAACACGUUCGCCGCCGAAGUGUCGCGUGUGGCCAAGGAGGUCGGAACUGAUGGUCAGCUAGGUGGACAAGCCAACGUCCCAAAUGUCGACGGUACCUGGAAGGAUCUGACAGACAAUGUCAACAAGAUGGCCACCAAUCUGACGAAUCAGGUCCGAGACAUCGCCAAUGUCACCAAGGCAAUCUCAGCUGGCAACCUUAAUCUCAAGGUCGAGGUGCCGCUGAAACGGCGAGAUGGCGGAGAGGUCGGUACUGAUGGACAGCUGGGCGGACAAGCCAACGUCGAGGGUGUUGAUGGCACCUGGAAGUCGCUCACUGACAACGUCAACAAGAUGGCAGACAACCUGACCAACCAGAUGGCAGAGCUGAAGACGACCAUCAACACGAUGGUGGACCAGCUGAGCACGUUCGCUGCUGAGGUGUCGCGUGUCGCUAAGGAGGUUGGUACUGAUGGGCAGCUUGGUGGCCAGGCAAAUGUUCCCAACGUCGAUGGUACCUGGAAGUCGCUCACUGACAAUGUCAACAAGAUGGCAGACAACUUGACCAACCAGGCUAUUUCAGCAGGCGACCUGACGCGCAAGGUCGAGGUACCGCUGAACGGCGAGAUGGGUGAGCUCAAGCAGACCAUUAAUACCAUGGUGGACCAGCUCAGUACGUUUGCUGAUGAGGUGUCGCGUGUGGCCAAGGAGGUUGGUACCGAUGGCAAGCUCGGCGGGCAAGCCAAUGUCCCGAAUGUCGAUGGCACUUGGAAGGGGCUAACCGACAACGCCAUUUCAGCAGGCGAUCUGACACGUAAGGUCGAAAUUCCGUUGAAUGGAGAAAUGGCCGAGCUCAAGCAGACCAUCAACACCAUGGUGGACCAGCUGAGCACUUUCGCUGCUGAGGUGUCGCGUGUGGCCAAGGAGGUUGGCACCGAUGGUCAGCUGGGCGGACAGGCCAAUGUCGACGGCGUCGAUGGCACUUGGAAGGAUCUGACUGACAAUGUCAACAAGAUGGCCACCAAUCUGACCAACCAGGUGCGUGAUAUCGCCACAGUAACCAAGGCCAUUUCAGCAGGCAACUUGAACCUUAAAGUCGAGGUGCCACUCAAUGCGAGAUGGGAGCUCAACACGUUCGCCGCCGAAGUGUCGCGUGUGGCCAAGGAGGUCGGAACUGAUGGGCAGCUCGGUGGACAGGCCAAUGUCCCGAAUGUCGACGGUACCUGGAAGGAUCUGACAGAUAAUGUCAACAAGAUGGCGGACAAUCUGACGAACCAGGUGCGCGACAUUGCAAAUGUCACCAAGGCGGUUGCUGCUGGUGAUUUGCGCCAGAAGGUGUCGUCGGAUCUUAACGGUGAGAUGGCAGAGCUGAAGACGACCAUCAACACGAUGGAGGUCGGUACUGAUGGUCAGCUUGGUGGCCAGGCAAACGUCGAGGGCGUUGACGGCACCUGGAAGUCGCUCACUGACAAUGUCAACAAGAUGGCCGACAACCUGACAAGCCAAGUCCGAGAUAUCGCUAACGUGACCAAGGCGAUUUCAGCAGGCGAUCUGACGCGCAAAGUUGAGAUUCCGCUGAAUGGCGAGAUGGCAGAGCUGAAGACGACCAUCAACACCAUGGUAGACCAGCUCAGCAUCUUCGCCAAGGAAGUGUCCCGUGUCGCCAAGGAGGUCGGCACCGAUGGUCAGCUCGGUGGCCAGGCAAAUGUUCCCAACGUCGACGGCACCUGGAAGGAUCUGACCGAAAACGUCAACAAGAUGGCAGACAACCUGACCAACCAGGUGCGCUCUAUCAGCGAGGUCACAAAGGCUAUGGCAGAGCUGAAGACGACCAUCAACACCAUGGUAGACCAGCUCAGCAUCUUCGCCAAGGAAGUGUCCCGUGUCGCCAAGGAGGUCGGCACCGAUGGUCAGCUCGGUGGCCAGGCAAAUGUUCCCAACGUCGAUGGUACCUGGAAGUCGCUCACCAACAACGUUAACCGGAUGGCUGAUAACCUGACAAACCAGGUGCGCGACAUUGCGAUGGUGACUAAGGCGAUUUCGGCCGGUGAUCUGACCAAGUUUGUCACUGUUCCUCUAAGCGGCGAAAUGGGCGAGCUGAAAGACACAAUUAACAGCAUGGUCAAGCGUCUGGCUGUCUUCGCCGCUGAGGUCAAUAAGGUUGCCCGUGAGGUCGGCACUGAGGGCAAGCUCGGCGUGCAGGCCCUUGUCCACGACGUCGAGGGUGCAUGGCUGGAGGUCACGUCCAAGGUCAACACCAUGGCUCUCAACCUCACCAACCAGGUACGUGCGUUUGCGCAGAUCACAGCGGCCGCCACUGGCGGUGACUUUAACUCGAUGAUCACCGUUGACGCAUCUGGCGAGAUGGACGCGCUCAAUAUCGUGCGUAACAUGCAGGCCCGCCAGGCAGCCGAGGUAGCCAACCGUGCCAAGAGCGAGUUCCUGGCUAACAUGUCGCACGAGGUGCGCACGCCUAUGAACGGUAUCAUCGGAAUGACUUCGAUGACCUUGGAGACCAACCUGACGCAUACCCAGCGUGAUUCGCUGAUGAUUGUGUCGAGCCUGUCGAACUCGCUGUUGUCAAUCCUCAAUGACCUGCUUGACUUGUCCAAGAUUGAGGCUGGUCGCAUGAGCAUGGAGCAGAUUCCAUUUGCGCUGCGCAACGCCAUGCUGAGUAAGGGUCUCAACGUCUUCUUUAUGUGCGAUCCUGAUAUCCCUGACAACGUUGUCGGCGACCCGCAUCGACUGCGCCAGGUGUUGACUAAUCUGGUUGGCAACGCGGUCAAAUUUACCAAUGAGGGCGAAAUCUCGAUUAAUUGCCGUUGCCUGCAGCGCCAGGGCAACGAGCUCACGCUUGAGAUCUCAGUCAAGGACACGGGCAUUGGCAUCCCCAAGGACAAGAUUGAUGUCGUGUUUGAGACAUUCACGCAGGCUGACGGUUCAACCACUCGUAGAUACGGCGGAACGGGUCUGGGUCUCAGCAUCUCGCGUAGCCUCUGCCGUCUCCUUGGAGGUGACAUCCGCGUCGAGAGCGAAUAUGGGCUCGGAUCUAACUUUAUCUUCACCUGCAAGCUUGAGGCACCUGCCAAGGAAAUGGUAGUUAAGCUGCGCGAGAUGCUCCAUUCGUUCCAUCUGAGCACAGCGACUGUCGACACAGCAGAGCAGGCCGAGCGCCUGAUUUGGCGCGGAGCACAGCACCGUCCCAUGUUUGACACAUUCAUUGUCGAUACAAUGCAGACCGCCGAUGAGUUACGGUCCACUGGGCUGACCAACCUGAACUUCAUGCCCAUUGUCUACUUUGCCGACCCGCGCAACAGCUGCAUCAACGUCAACCGCAUCAUUGAGCUCGGCAUCAACUCGUACAUUGACAUUCCGUUCGACUACAGCAAGCUUGCCAGCGCGAUGCUGCCAGCCCUCGAGACACACUCGCUUAUUCCUGAUCUGUCCAAGUACCGCAAGCGCCCCCUGCGCAUUCUUCUGGCUGAGGACAAUGUGGUCAACCAGAAGCUUGCGCUACGCAUCCUGCAAAAGUGCAACCACAAAGUCGAGGUCGUGACGGCAUCCAACCCCGGGUCGGAGAACGACAGGAGCGGGCCAUCGCAUAGUCGUGCCAAGUCCAAGUCGCCGUUUGCCAUGGAUCCUGACGAGCCGACGCCAACGGAUGAGCGCAUCGAUUUUAUCGGCGAUGCCGAGCCAGGGCUCAGUCGCAUCACUGAAGUUGACGAGUCUGGAGAUGGCGGUGACGCCAACGAGGGUGCCUCUGUCCAGUCCCAGAGGCUGAAGCAGGUGGGCAGCCGCAGGAAGGCAGCGAGUCCGACAAGCCCAAGGCCGUUGAAGGCACAGUAUGCUGACAGCAUGUACCCGCCAGCUGUCAAGGCUCCUGAUGACCUGCCACUCGUGCUCGACUCUAUCGAUAUUCCGAACACAGAGGACAAGGAGGCCGACGAGGACAAUCCGUACACACAAACGACCGAGGAAAGCCCCGAGGAGACCAAGCCAGCCGGUGUGCGCGAUCCCAAGUCCAAGUUUGCCUGUGUGCCGAUGCCGUUCGACAUCAUCCUGAUGGACAUCCAGAUGCCAGUAGUCCACGGAUUUGAGGCCACCAAGCGGAUCCGCAAGUGGGAGGAGAGUGAGGGCGUUGAUUUCCGCACGCCGAUUAUUGCGCUGACAGCACAUGCUAUGCUGGGAGAUCGCGACCGCUGCCUGUCGUCUGGAUGGACGAAUGAGUACGGCGAUAUUGUGCCCAUCGUUGACACGAUAAACGACUCGACUGAUUCCCAGUCCAACUCUGAUGACGAUGACAGCGACAGCGACGAUGAGAUGGAGCCGAUGCAUCCCCGCGACUACUUUGGUCGGGACGAUGUGCCAUAUGGUAUCUACGACGAUGAUGGGUACAAUGACGACGACGACGACGAUGACGACGACGGCGAUGACUGUGACGAUGAUACGGAGAGGUACCGCCGAUCGUUCCUGGGCACUGCCUUUGGAAAGCGUGCCAAGAAGAGCCCAGGGGCAAGUAGCUACCGCGAUGCACCGCCUACCAUGAUUUCGCAGGGCGAUCUCAUGAAGUACAAGCGCGAGUAUGGCGAGCACAUUACGCGCGGGAAGUGCGAUGUCUGGGGUGGAGCAGCAGCAGCCGAAGAAGUCUGCUUUCAAGCCUCCGAGAUGGUGCUGACCGAUCGUGACUUUGAAAAGCACAACACUAGCAACUUCUCGAUGAAGCAGCUGAACAACCGGUCGAUCUACAACUCGUACUCGAUCAUGUCGCAGUCAGCCAAGAGCCGCCGCGACCGCAAGCUGGCGCA